AUGGGAAAAGAAAAAAUUCAUAUUAACAUUGUCGUCAUUGGUCACGUCGAUUCAGGUAAAUCAACAUCAACUGGUCACUUGAUCUACAAAUGUGGUGGUAUUGAUAAACGAACAAUCGAAAAAUUCGAAAAGGAAGCUGCUGAAAUGGGUAAAGGUUCAUUCAAAUAUGCUUGGGUUUUGGAUAAAUUGAAAGCUGAACGUGAACGUGGUAUUACCAUUGAUAUUUCACUUUGGAAAUUCGAAACAGCAAAAUACUAUGUUACCAUCAUUGAUGCUCCAGGCCAUCGUGAUUUCAUUAAGAACAUGAUUACUGGCACAUCACAAGCUGAUUGCGCUGUAUUAGUCGUUGCUGCUGGUACUGGUGAAUUCGAAGCUGGUAUCUCCAAAAAUGGUCAAACACGUGAACAUGCUUUACUUGCUUAUACCUUGGGUGUCAAACAAAUGAUUGUUGCUGUUAACAAAAUGGAUACAACUGAACCACCAUAUUCAGAAAAACGUUUUGAUGAAAUUAAAACUGAAGUAUCAAACUAUAUUAAGAAGAUUGGUUAUGCUGCACAAGGUGUUCCUUUCGUACCAAUCUCAGGUUGGCACGGUGAUAACAUGAUUGAACCAACAGAAAAAAUGCCAUGGUAUAAAGGUUGGUCAGUCGAACGAAAAGAAGGAAAUGCAAGUGGCAAAACACUUUUGGAUGCUCUUGACUCUGUUGUUGCACCAUCACGACCAACUGACAAACCACUCCGAUUACCAUUACAAGAUGUUUACAAAAUUGGUGGUAUUGGUACAGUACCUGUUGGACGAGUUGAAACUGGUAUUCUCAAACCAAACAUGGUUGUUAAUUUCGCACCAUCAAACUUACAAACUGAAGUUAAAUCAAUUGAAAUGCAUCAUGAAGCUCUUCAAGAAGCUGUACCAGGUGACAAUGUUGGUUUCAACGUAAAAAACGUUAGUGUUAAAGAACUUCGUCGUGGUUUCGUUGCUUCAGAUGUUAAAAAUGAUCCCGCUCAAGAAACAGCUAAUUUCACCGCUCAAGUUAUUGUUCUUAAUCAUCCCGGUCAAAUUGGUGCUGGUUAUGCUCCAGUUCUUGAUUGUCAUACAGCACAUAUUGCUUGCAAAUUUGCUGAAUUACUCGAAAAAGUUGAUCGUCGAUCGGGUAAAACAAUUGAAGAAGCACCAAAAUUCCUUAAAUCAGGUGAAGCUGCUAUGGUUAAAAUGAUUCCAUCAAAACCAAUGUGUGUCGAAAAAUUCGCUGACUAUCCACCAUUGGGUCGAUUUGCCGUCCGUGAUAUGCGUCAAACAGUAGCUGUCGGUGUUAUCAAAGAUGUUGAAAAGAAAGCUGCAUCAUCAGGCAAAGUGACCAAAUCAGCAGCCACAGCCGCUGCUAAAGGUGGCAAGAA